AUGUUAGAAUCUGAACAGCAGCAACAGCUAACUGACAAUAGGUCAUUGGUAGGAUGUCAUCAAAGUACCCCUGUAACGGGACAGCAGCAACAACUAACCUUUUUAGUGACAACUCAGCAGCCGCUACCCUCUGUUGGUCAUGUAAUUGGACAACAACAAUCAGUUCAGAACCAAAGCUGUUACAUGUCAACUGGACAGAUGACAAGUGCCCUGAACUGUGUACCAUCGCCUGUACCUUCAAGAACAACAACCUCCACACCGCAUACUCAUUCUUCGGCAGUUUCCUCCCCAUCUCCUCUUUCCGUCCAAUCCACUAGUGGAGGCCAGUGUUCGGUACAGCUGCGAGGCACUGCUUCAUGUCCGCCUCAACCCUUAAACCCAUCUCCGCUGUCAUCAACUCGAGUUAAUGCACUUUCACCGUUGCAAACUUCUUCAAAUGCAACUGCUACAGUUCCUCAUUUUCAUCGACAACAUUCCGUGUCAUUCACACCAGAUGGCAGUUCACGUGCGGAACAUCUUCGAUCCGCAACGAGUAGGAAUUUCGAUGGAGAAUACGAUAAUACCCAUCAGCAACAGCCGAUCAUGUGCGAUGCUUCAUCACAACAAAUGCAUCAUACUUUACAGCUGCAGCAAGCUCGUCAACAGCAUGUUUUGCAAUCUUCUCGCAUACAGCAACACCAACAGCAGCUGCAACAAAAAUGCUUGAAACAGCCGACAACAUUGAAUCAGCAAGGACAGCAUCAGAAUCUCCAACUGCAGCAGCAACACUGUCAGCAACAGCAAGUACUACAGCAACAACACUGCCAACAACCUCAAAUACUGCAACAACAACAGCUUCAGGUGCUGCAACAACCACAACAACAAAAUUUCCCACAUCAAUCGCAAAUAAUUCAGCAGAAACAGCAAGUACAAGCGCAGCAAGUGCAACAGUCGCAGCAGUUGCAGAUGCAAUCACAGCAUGGAUAUGUACAAUUUCCACAGCAGAAACAAUUAAAAAAACAUUCCACACAACAACGUGAUGAUGAUGACGACGAGGAAGAAGAUGUACAGCAACGACCAUCGACUGCAAAAGAAGAAUACAGAGAACUGAAGCAUCGGUUCAAAUUCCUCGUUUAUGAGAAUGAAUGUUAUCAGGAAGAGCUGCGAAACUUGCAAAGGAAGUUGUUAAAACUCUCACGAGACAAAAAUUUUUUGUUAGAUCGUCUGCUACUCUACGAGAAAUUGAGUGACUCAUCGGAUGAAUCGGAUUCGUCUGUAAAAACUGUCGAGGAAAAAGCGCCACCCAAAAAGAAAUCUCGCCCUCCUGCUUCAAGGCGUCGUUCAACGAAUGUUAGAUCUAAAGGAGCAAGUACCAGUUGUAUAGAUUCUGAUACAACAAAGAUAUCAUUAACAGAACAGCAACAACAACAGAUGCAAAAGCAACUAUUGCAGCAACCACCAGAACAGCAACGACCACCAAUGCAAGCUACAGAAACAAUUACUAGCACCGGUGUUCCGGUCUGUUCUGCUUCGGAAAUGAGCGCCAGAGAACAACGUGCCACUGGUUCGGUUCCAGUGUGUUGUUCGUCAGAACGGAGUAUUAAAAAAGAAACUCUGAUCAGCACUCCUACAACUGAAGACGCGGUAUUUGAAGAAAAUCGAAGUGGUCAGUUCUCGUUAUCUGCUUUUACUUUUGCUUCACCUCGAUGA